AUGAAAUCUCAUACAACUAAGACUGUACAUUUACCGAAAAAUGUAAGCGCGGUUCUCUCUAAUCGCCUUCCCUCGAAGUUAAAGGGUCCUGGAGCUCCUAUUAUUUCUUAUGUGAUAGGUAAUGUCACGAUUGAUAAAGCACUCUUAAACUUAGGGGCAAGCGUGAACUUAUUACCCACUUCCAUGCAUGAACAGUUUAACUUAGGUAAGCUCAAGUCUACUGUAGUCAUCCUGCAGUUAGCUGACCAAUCGGUCAAAAUGCCUAGGGGACUAAUUGAGUACGUGUUAGUUAAGGUUGAGGAACUAUAUUUUCCAGUGGAUUUUCUUGUCUUAGACAUGGAGUAUAAGAGCAAUGGAAGUAUGCCACCAAUUCUUUUAGGGAGACCUUUUCUAGCAACGGCAAACACUUGCAUUAACUGUAGAUCAGGAGAGAUGAAAGUGUCUUUUGGGAAUAGGAAACUAAGACUUAAUGUGUUUAAUGCUGGUUUAGGGCCUAUGCAUGAGGACGAUAACGAGUGUUUCAUGGUUGAUGUUAUUGACAGUCCAGUGGAGGCUCACGCCCCACAAAUGUUAUGUGAUUACACAAUUUACACUCUUAUGAAUCCUUUUGUUGAGGAGAUAUGUAGCUUGAGGGUCAUGUCUGAGAUUCAGGAGGUUAGCGAGUAUGUAGAUAGGUCGCCCACUCUAGAGCGUCGACCUUGGAACAUCAAGUAUGAACCCUUACCACCUUUGUCUAAGACGACACAACCGAAGUCAAUUGAGUCUCUACCAGUCUUAGAGUUGAAGGCCUUGCCCGAUACUCUAAAGUAUGUUUUCCUAGGACCUAACAAGACCUUACCCGUGAUAUGUUAG